AUGGCACCCACGGUGCAUUCGCCGUUUACCUCGUCAAGCCAGGAGCAGUUCUGCCCAGAGAGGAGAGCCAUUUUUUGGUGCAUGUUGGAUAGCUCCUUAUCCAUUGGAAUUAGUCAUCUUGGAGCCACGAUGGUCGACCUGGCGAUGCAUGGAAACGAAAAAACAUCUAUUCCAGAACAAUGCAAUCUAUCUCCAUAA